AGGAAUUAUGUCAAACAGCUGAGGAAAGGAGUGCUACUGCUAUCCUAUAAAUUAGCCGGUGCUGAAUAAGUUGUACGCUUUCAGAUAAAAGAAGUUUUUCUAAUAACAAACUAUGCCACUACGUCUCUCCUCUGCUGGGCGUACCAGAGUCAUGGGGGGUGCUUCUAACUCCCUCCGACCACCUAUGAUAGUAUUCGGGUGUUCCUCAUUCCCACAAAUGAGUAAAGGAGUUUGUGAUAUACUGGGCAUAACAGAAGGGAAUCUGGCAAUAAAUCAUCCAACUAACAAAGAAACUGACGUCGAGAUAAACGAGUUUGUAAGGAGUAAGGAGGUGUUUAUAAUAAGCUCGGGUAGCUGUGAAGAUAUUAACAACACUAUAAUGGAGCUGCUGAUCGUGAUAUACGCUUGUAAAACCAACUCUGCUCGCAAGAUAAUCGCUGUUAUUCCGUAUCUGCCUUAUAGUAGACAAUGUAAGAUGAGGAAGAGAGGAUGUAUUACUGCCAAACUAGUAGCUAAACUCCUUUGCAACGCAGGAGUGAAUCACCUGAUAACCAUGGAUCUGCACCACAAGGAGAUUCAGGCGUUCUUCGACUGUUCAGUAGAUAACCUCAGAGCAUCCCCUUUUAUCAUCCAGUAUAUUCUGGAUAGUAUCCCCAGCUACCAGAACGCUGUCAUCAUAGCCAAGUCUCCUGACGCCACCAGACGUGCCAGCAGCUACGCUGAGCGACUCCAGCUAGACAUUGCUGUUAUUCAUGGCGAGGAGAAGAACGAAGGAGAGGAGUACAGUGACGAUGGCAGGAGCUCUCCCCCUCCUUCUUGCUCCUUCUCUCAGCAGAUCUUCUGUUUUGACUAUCCAGGUACCGUUCCUCAAACAGUCCCCAAAGUAAAACCUCCCAUAAAAGUGGUUGGUGACGUCUCGGGUAAAACUGCCAUCUUUGUGGACGACAUGAUUGACGAAGCCAGGACAUUUAUUGAUGCAGCACGGUUGUUGAAGUUGCACGGAGCAACAAAUUGCUACGUGAUGGUUACUCACGGAAUACUGUCAGGCCAGGCCCCAGAAGAACUUGCAGAGUGUGAAGCAAUAGAUGAGGUUGUGGUCUGUAACACCACACCCAUCGGGGAUAAAACUGUGAGGUGCCCUAAACUGAAGGUUAUUGAUGUCAGCAUCAUGAUCGCUGAGGCCAUCAGGAGGAUUCACAACGGCGAGUCCAUGGCUCAUCUUUACCAAAACAUUCGUGGGGACGACUAAUGUGCGGAGAUAAACUGAUAUCAUGAUUUGCUCCGAUUUACUGCUGUUUGAUCCAGGGUUUAAGGACUGUGUUCUUGAUCAUUUUAAGGUUAUUUUAACCGGGAUGCAGGCUUGUUUUAUCUUAUAUUACGAAUAUUUUGUACACAGAUCUAAUGAUUCCCUAGAUUAACGCCGUCUCAAUCAUUUUUAAAUUAUUAACCUUGAUGAUACCUACCAGACCCGAAUCGUUGUUAAUAAUUUCCUCGUUUUAAUUUAUAUAUGGAUUGUGGUUGAAUCCUAUUAUAUAAGCUAGUAAUUUAUUUAGAUUUUAUGUGUUGUUCAUUGGUGGUUUUAUGGUGUGGGUUGUUAUACUUUCAUAAAAAUCAUUUUUCAGAAGUAGCAUCUAAAUUAGUUAGUCAAGUUUGUUGCAAGUAAAAUAGGAGUUUUAGUAGUGUGUACUUUGUAGUAGUGUUUUAGUAGUGAGUGUACUUUGUAGUAGAAUGUAGAAAAGUUGUAGACCGACACUGUGUUGCAGCUGUUGAGUGUUGCUAUACUGUACACGGCCACGGGUGUUUGUGCCUCGAACUUGGAACGAAGUUUUUAUCAUAAUUUAUAAUACUUUUAACAUGUAAAUACCUUAAAAUGUUGUCACGUGAUAUUGUUGAUAGUUUGAAAAUGUUGUUGCCAUAUUAUAUGAAGUCACGAGUUUAUAUUUAA